UCCCAUUAUUCCUUGCGCCAGCGGCUGUCGCAUGUGAAGUCCAUAAGCAACAUGAGUCUCGGCGACAGCGUUAAUACUGCAAAUAAAGUCGUGAUUAUCCCAGGAAACGGAGCGGGAAAUGUUGAAUACUGCAAUUGGUAUGGCUGGACUAAAAAGAAACUCAAUAAGAUGAAGGGCUUGGAGUGUUUACUCGAGAACAUGCCAGAUCCUCUGACUGCUCGAGAGAAUGUGUGGCUUCCAUUUAUGGAGAACAACCUAAAAUGUGAUGAAAAGACAAUUAUCAUUGGGCAUAGUUCUGGUGCCGCAGCUGCCAUGAGGUAUGUAGAGUCACACAAGGUGCAUGCUAUCAUUCUGGUGUCGGCCUACACAUCGGACCUUGGUGAUGAAAAUGAGAGGGAAAGUGGCUACUUUAAUCGUCCUUGGCAAUGGGAAAAGAUGAAGGAAAACUGCAGGCAUAUUGUUCAGUUUGGUUCAACAGAUGACCCUUUUCUUCCAUGGACUGAACAACAAGAAGUAGCCGACAUGCUGGGUGCAGAAUUACACAAAUAUACAGACAAGGGCCAUUUCCAGAACACUGAAUUUCGUGAACUGAUUAAUGUAGUUUGUAAAAUUAUAAACCAUUCAUCCUAAACCAAAA